UUAUGUUUGAUGUCCUGGAUUAUUUGACAACAUUGGUCGUGAGUGGAGAAACAGUAUUUAAAACUUCUAAUCAACUGAAUUAACUUUGUCGCUAAGCGAUUCUCAUUUUGUAACGCUCGAGACGAUAACAAAGCUUCUAUGAUGCUUUUUACCAAUUGCAAAUGAUUUAUGAAGGAGUAAACUAUUAAAUAUAAUUACAACUAUACAUGGACUUAAACAUCAUAUGGAGUGUAACUAGGCUAGUUUAUUUUAUUUGUAUUAAUUUACUUAUUUAUUGAGAGAGAGAGAGAGAGAGCUUGGCUUAUCAAGGCAAUUACAGACAAUUGACAACAACAACAACCAAAAAAUACAAAACGGAAUUUAAAUUUGCAAAACUGACCCAAGAUAGGUUAAAAUAUUAACUACAUGUAUACUGGUUCAUGCAUUUAUCAGAUCAAUGUCCACUAAUUUGAAAAAACAUGACAUUAAAGUAGCCUUGUUUGAUAAAAUCACACACAGAAACAGAUAUGUGUUAUACUGAUACACGAAACAAAAGAUUUGUAAAAGUUUCGAAGAUUCAUCACUACCACCCACUGGAAUUCUUCAAAGGAACUGUGACAGAACUGAACAGUGUGACUACAAAUGGACUACAAAACUAGACACAGGAAACAGGAAACUAGAAAUACAACAUAAAAGUCCAGAAAAACUGGGAACAUGUAGAACAAAUAGGGCCCUUUGCACUUUCAGUUUUUCACCCAUAAAAAUAACAAUGAUGAUCUUUAAGAAAACAAUAACCUUGUGAACUUAAAUUGCUUGGGCCCUGAAUAAUAAUAAUCCUGGGUUGGUUUCAGUGCUUGAGCUCUAAUUAUGAAGCUCUACUUAUCAGAAAGUCAAAAACACCAAAGAUCUUAAGAGGAGGAGCUGUGAAGAGAAUUCUGAACAGUAGCAUAUGUUUAAAAUCUUAUUAGAGUGUCAGUGUAUCUAUCAUCAAAAUAUGUAAGAUUUUUGGAUUAAAUCACCCAUCAACAACAUCAUACCCGCGUUAUCCUCGUUUUAUUUUGUAUAAACCAUGGAAACACCAAAGACUCUGAUAAUCGUCGGAUUCUUUUCCACCGGCUGUAGACGUGAAGACAACAAUGAUUCCAUAAAAUCAAGGCGUUAUCAAGCUAUGCCUUUGUUUUGAAUAUGCGACCUCUAGUGGCUAAAAUGACAUAUUGUGCCUUUAAGAUGUGGCAUUUUAAAUUUCACCAUAAACACAUCUGGUGUCUUUUUAAGGUAUAUAAUGUUUAAUGAUAAUGAGUCGGCGUUCUGCCGUAGAACCCGGAAGCGCUGCACUCUACAAUGUAAGAGAAUGACAGGGAACUGAAUAAAUUGUUGAAUAAAGUUAUUUUUGUGUAAAAGUUAUAUAUUCUCGUCGCUUCAUAACAUUAAGGUUGAACCACUGUAGUCACGUGGACUAUUUUAACAAUGACUUUACCUUUCUGGGCCUUGAAAAGUGCAAUGACGUUGCUGCCUAUCUAGGGGCUUUCACACCGAAUAGUUCUAGGAACUAGCCAUUAGGAUAGUUCCCCGAGAACUAAUUUUUCCCCCGGGCCAUGUUCCUGGUUGUAUUCGCACCGGGAAUAGGAACUGAGAAGCAGCCGACAGCGGCAUCUUUAAGCAUGGCAUUUACAAACGCUAAAAACCGGUGGAUGGAAGACGUCGUGAUCGGAGCUGUGUUUGGUGUGUGUCGUGGGUUUCGUGAUAACGGAGAUGGAAUGUAAACGCAUAAUUUACACGACUGAAAGAGCAAAAAGUGGGGCUAAGAGAUGAAAUCUCCUAUGACAACUUUCAGUAUUACAUAUCAUCAAGGCGGGGAAAAGAACACAACCCUGCAGACAACAGGUAAAUGAUGUUAUCACUGUUUUCCAUGCUCUUGAAGUAAAUACGUUUACACGGCUUUUUAAAAAUGCCGGGUGCCGGUGUUUGACAUGCGCUUAACCAAUCAGUGCACACUCACAUCACCGAUAGUUCCUAUAGUGCUGGUUUAGACUCUGAAGUAGGAGCUAAUUUAGUUCCCCCAAAAAGAGUUCCUAGAACUAAAAUCAUUCCAAGUUCCUGCGGUGUGAACGUGGCAAAAUCCGGGGACUUCAGCCAAUAGUUCUAGGAACUGUGAAAAGGUUCCCCGGUGCGAAAGCCCCUUGUGUGGUUCAGAUAACUCUCGGAUUUCAUCAAAAUAUCUUAAUAUGUGUUUCUGAAGAUGAACGAAGGUCUUACGGGUUUGGAACGACAUGAGGGUGAGUACUUGAUGACAGUAAUUUCAUUUUGGGGUGAACUAACCCUUUAAGUAAUAUUUCCCCAAAUGCUGAAGAUGCAGUAUAGCAGGGGAAGGCCAAAGACACAGUAUCUAAACAAGUGUUUCAGCAGAUUCUAAAAUUAGCCCCCCUCCCUGCUACGAAGAAAUCAGUGUAAACUGAAGACGCCACCAAAUAUAGGAUCCUGAUCCUGUUACAUACACAUACAUACAUGCACAUAAUGUAAGCAUGCACCAAAACAAAUAAUCCAAGUACAGAACAAAUGCAAAACAAAUACACACAUUCAUGCAUGUGAAAACAUCCUGAGAUUUUUCACUAUAAACUUUGGUGAUGGCUUCGGUGGGCCAGUUGCACCUUUUGUCCACCUUUUGUUGUCUUGAACACAUGGGGUGGAAAUGCAGCUUUAUUCGCAGAUGUUUUAUGCAAUAUUCCAAUUUUGCACAUAAGUUAUAUUUGCAACUUUGGAUGGAAACAUAGCUAUUGUAGUUUGUGCAUAAAACGUGCUCUGGUAGUUUGUGUGUUGCCUGAUGUCUGUUAAUGUAAUGUGUUCAGGCCACACAAUGGUGAGUGCCGAGUAAGCAUUAGCCUCACCAGCUGCUCUUCGCUUCAUUGGUGUGGAUGGAAUAUACCAGUGCUUUGGCACAAUACACACCCGCCCCUGCAGUUUGGGAACUAGAGGCCGACAACAUUUUUUUCUUUUUCUUUUCUUUUUUUUUCCUCGCAUCCCUUCCACAGCAUGGGCUCAGGGAGCAGGAUUAAGUUUGCUGUUUGUGAAGUGCUUCAGUUUGCCAGCUUCUGUGUUCCACUUUUCAUCAUAAUGCAACGUUUUGCCCUAAUUGUAGCUCGAGUGAAAAGCCUACCAUCUGGCGGGAAUUCUACUACAGCGUAUUGGCUGAUUGUGGCUUCAUCUGUGGCCUAUGUGACAUCAGUGGCAAUGUUGAUUUGGUUGCCUAUGAAGUAUAUGGUGUUCAUGAAGAAGAAGGCACUGGUUGCACGGAAGAAGUGGAGACCUGUUGCAUUGGCCUAUGUGGUUCUCUCAACACUGCCCUGUUUUGCCUUCCUUAUAGCCAGCUCUGAGGUACAGAUUAGACAUGAUCUGAGGUUGGACACAUUUGCUGAACUGCCGGUGUCAUUGGUUCUUCUCUCCCUGAUCUGCAUCGAUAUAGUGGAAAGAAUCCGAUUUUGCAGACUUACUGGUCAAGCUAACGAACUGACUCGGGAUGCAGACAUUCCUACCUUGGUGACACACGUUGGAAGAGUUACUCCUAUUGUCACUCCUAUGACGGGUCCAUUUCCUGCACCGACAGCUGGCACUGCUGGCGCAGAGCAUGGGGCAGGGGCAGCAAACGGGAUUAUGCGAGGAUUACCCGGCGGUACUACUGUUCAAGGCAUUCCGGGUAAUGGGACGGUCCUGGGUCUCUCAGGCAGCACAACAGUUCGAGGAUUGCCAAACAAUGGAACAGUUCAAGGCCAUCUAGGCAACACAACAGUUCCAGGGUUGCCUGCAGGGAAUGGUGUCAUCACUAGAGUACCAGGCAACCACGGACAGCAACUUGGCAUGACCGUAACUGGUCCAAAUACUGGCGUACCCUUCCAAAACAUUCCCCCUCCAUAUGCUGGACCACUUGCCUUCCUACUGGCUAGCGACAGUCGCGCUGAAGUCUUUGCUGACAGUUUCCUGUUCUGGUUGGACACGGUAGAGAUGGUUCGGGUUGCAGGCCACUCUGCUGUAUAUUUUUCAGGCUGGGCAUUUCCAGUUUACCUUUUCUGCUUCCUCUCUACAAUGCGAUUGGUCCUAAUGCCUCACAGUUCCCUCCUCUCGCCUCUGGGCGUGGUCUUUCAGGACCUCCCCUUCUUGGUCAUGAGAUUGGCACUAAUUGGCCUUUUUGGUUUUGUAACACCAGUACUGUAUGUGAUAAAGAAUAUGCUGGUCUGUUUGGCCUACAUUUACUUCAACUUCAUGACAAAACUCAGGAUCUUCAACACUGAGAGGAUGUUUUAAUGGAACUGCUUGGGAAAAUAACAAAUCAGAAUAGUAAUGUUUGUUUGCACGGCCCAUCUGGGCUGGAUAUAACAUUGGCUCAACAAAUGUGAGUUUGGGGCGAGGCAUUAUUUUAGCAUAAUUAUUUUUGCAGUUCAUUAUAGUGGUGCAGAAAUAAAAACUUUAUAUAUGAAUGUUAAAAUGUACACAGGAUUCCAUUUACAUAUCUUAAGAAAUAUUAGAAUGACAUAAAACAAACAAAAGGAACAUUAAAAAAAUAACAUAGCAAUGCCAGUGGCUCCUAUAUUACAUUACAGUAUAUUUCAAAAUAUUUUUUUGUCUCUGUGACAAAAAAAAAAAAAAAUGGACAAUUUUUGGUGGCAAUGAAAUACGUUUCUGGUUUCUUUGACUUCAGGUACUUUCAUGCCCCAGGGUUUUUUAUAAAACAGAUUAAUUUUUAUAAAACAUUUUGUUAUAUGGAAAUCACAUUGAAUCUGUCUUUUUUUUUUUUAUCAUGCAAUUAUUUAUUUUUGCUACUUUUCUUAUGCUACUUUUCUACUUUUAAUCUUCAACUAUGAAAAUACUUCACAUAAAUUUGAAUUACUACAUGUUAAAAAAAAUGUAAGAAAUAUGACCCAUUUCAAUAUUUAUUGUGUAAAAAUUAUCAUCGAAAUAAAUGACACUUUUUUUUUUUACGACACUCACUGUUGUGACAUAAUUUCCACUACAUUGAACAAUUUUGCUCCUAAUAAAGUUUGAUUUUCUAAUGUUUGUGUACUUGGGGAAAUGU